UCCCCCAUCGAUUCCGCCUGCAUCUCUCGCUCCGGUGGAGUACCGGAGUUGACGGGAAAGCGCUUGGUGGUCGAUUUAUUGCAUCUUCACUAGAUGCGAUAAAUUGACUCCUGCUGGAUCGGUUGCUCCAGAGAAUUCCCCAGUUUAUGCAUCCCGGGAUUGGAUUAGUACUUUUGGCCAUAGUGUCACACUUGGAGCUGAUGUUCAGCUGAUUAUCCAACACAACCCCCAAAUCGUUUUCAGAGUCAGUGCUUCCUAGAAUAGAGUCCCCCAUCCUGAUCUGAAAGGACGAACAGAUGGGUUAUGAAAGCACUAAUACGUCUUCAAUAAACACAUGUCUGUUACUAGCAAACCUGAUAAAAAUUCUGCAAAACUUGUAUUAGAUUCCUACCAGCUUUGGGUACAGUCUUUCUGACAACCACUAUGGAGAAGAUUGAAGAACAGUUUGCUAAUCUGUGCAUAGCAAAACGUUGUGCACUAACUGAAGACUCCACUUACUUACUGGAUAUAGAUGUUUCAAAAUCUGUUCUAGCAGAAAGCAACCACUUAGUUGCUGUUUCAUGUUCCAAUAAAUCAAUUAAAGUAUAUGAUAGAGAAACAUUACACUUGCUAAGGGAGUAUAGUGGCCAUCCUGGGUUACUUAAUGGAGUCAGAUUUGCUCAUACAAGUGAGAAUAUGUUGUUUUCAGCAUGCAGUGAUGGCACAAUAAAAUGUUGGGAUACUCGCUUAGCUACUCAGAAAACUAUACAAUUAUUCAGUGGUUAUCCUUCAAAUGUUUUCAUCAGCUUUGACAUUAAUUGCAGUGAUCUUAUAGUUUGUGCUGGGACAGAAAAAGUUGAAGACACAUUCAUGGUGUUUUGGGAUGCAAGAAGUAAUACAAACUAUGCAUGCACUGCUAAAGAGCCCUUAGGAACCUAUUCAGAGACUCACGAUGAUGAUAUCACUAAAAUAUGCUUCCAUCCUAACAAACCCAAUUUGGUAGUGUCUGGAUCAACUGACGGAUUGGUUAAUGUGUUUGAUAUUAACAAGGAAAAUGAAGAUGAUGCUUUGAUUGCAACUUGUAAUUCAAAUUCAUCAGUAAGUUUUAUUGGUUGGUCUGGGAAAGAUUAUAAACAGGUAUAUUGCAUGACUCAUACGGAAGGCUUUUGUUGGUGGGAUCUUACUCAAAUAGAUAGUGAGGAACCAAUGACAUUGUUGCAGAUUCCAGAUGUCAGAGAAGUAGUCUUCACUGAAAAUAGCAACUUAAACUAUCUGAUAGGUGGCUUGUACCAUGAAAAGGCAGACAAAUUGUUUGUUGUCGGUGGAACAGCUAUGGGAAACAUUCACCUAAUAAACUGUGGCAUUGAUGGACUGAGCCUUGCGGGCACCCUUCAUGGAGGGCAUUCUGCUACAGUUCGCUCAUUCUACUGGAACAUGACAGAUGAAUCUUUGUUGACUGGUGGAGAGGAUGCACAGCUGUUGCUAUGGAAACCUGGAGCUAUGGAAAGGUCCCUUGUAAAGAAGGCAUCUAUGAAAAUUGUUUCCUCUGUUCAGCAGCGAGUGAGAGUUCACAGAAACUCUCUCAAAAGCAAGAAAAAGUAAAAUUAUGAAAAGGGGACUCUUAAAUUUGUAGAGUUAUUCACUGUUCCGAGCAAUAUAUUUGGGGUGAUGAUUUAUUAGCACUAUGUGGCAAAUAUAAUUUAGUAUGUAAAUUUUACCUAGAAAUAACCCUCACUUUAUCAUGUGAAUAACUUUUUUAAAAAAAGCAACUGAUACUUAUUAAAAGGGUAAACAUUUACUUUGUAUUCAUUGAACGAAGUAUGUCUUUAAAUAUUGUAUAUUUUUAUAUCAUUGAUUAUAUCAAAUAAAAAAUAUUGGCACAGAGAUCUUGGAUUAGAAUAAAAGCCUGCAACUUAUAUACUUUAUAUUAUUGCCCACAGUGAAAUGUUUUGGACAUAUUUUAAAAGAUUUCAGAUUUGUAGCCAUCUUUUUCUUACAGAUAAUUUAAUGAAUGAAAUUGCUAAAUAUAUUAAAGACUUAGUUCUACUUACUAAUUCUUAGAGGAAGUACUUAUUGAUGAAAUAGAGAAAGGGUGUUGUUUUGCAUGAUUAUCUCACUGUUUAAUUACAAGUAUAUAAACAGUAGUUCACAAAACA